UUCGUUUGGAAACGUGCUUCUCGGUUCAACAAAUUCACUUAUUUUGUUUAUUUUGAACAUUUAAUUUCACCGGAAAUCGUAUUCGCGAGAAUCGAAGAAUUUUCGGUGAUGAUUGUGAGUCAAUUGACUCCGAUGUGUCGGAGGGGUGGGGGGGACGAAUAUUCGGUGCCAUUCGGGAUGAAAAAUCGUGCGAAAUCUUGAAUAACGAGUUCUGAGGAGCUAAAACUAGUGCGAUGAGUGAUUCUACUCUGAAAUACAUUUGCCACGACCCUCGUUUAUAUCCCCCCGGUCCUCGAGAUCUCUCGUCUCGUUAAGAAAGAAAGCAGCAAAGGAGAAAGAGAGAGAAAGGUGAAAUAAUUUUGUUUUCUGCGCCUAAGCAAAGUUGCAGAUUCAUCAUACGACGAGGAGCGAGCAAAAACGGUUUGGUCUUGCUGAGAAUAAACCGAGGGUUUCGUGAACUUUAAAAAGUGUUGAAAAAAUUUCCUCGAUAUUCUGUUAAUCGAAUUGCUGAAGUGUCUAAAAAUUAUAAUUUGAAAGGAGUCAUUAAAAUUCCCGCAAAAUGUGGACAUUGGUGAUGCUCGUAAAAAAAAGGGCAUGAGCGAACUCAGAGUCGAGCGAGACACGUGAUUGGCGUGACGGAAUCGAAUGGAAAAAUUAAAGCCGGAAUAGAAUAACAGCGAGGAUUAACGCAGUGAAAAUUUAUCGAAAAUAAGAACAACAAAAACGUGAAUAGCCUCGUUCGUUUCGAUCACAAACGAAAAUUUCGUUCCCAAGACUGGAUCCCUUUGGCAGCAACACCGUGGAACUAGCGCGACUGCGGUAGGCUAAAAUAAAAAACGGAAGAAAAAAAUCUCGGAUGCGAAUUUUCGUCGGUUCGAGCCAGCGGGCGCGUUAUCUUUUAUUGCAGAAAAGAUUUAAAAAACAGUACCUUUCGUAGCAAAUUUCCUUUCCCACCACCACCGAAUGAAUACGUCGCCAAGUUUGAGCGACGAAUAUAUAACAAGCAAGAGAAAUAUUGCCGUGUGUGUUAUGCGAACGAAAAGUUAAUCGUGAUUUAUUGGUGUUUUGGGUUUAAAUCCUCUCGUGACUGACGAAUGUGGUGUAAACGACUAAUUUGGAUUUUUCUCUGGCUCUGGACACGCUGUGAUAUUUGGCUCUAGUAGGAAACUCGAAGAUGAUCAGCGUAACGAGUAGAUUGAGGAUCGAUACUAGAAACUUAACACGCGAAAAAACGAACGCGAACUUCUUCAGUACACGACACACAAACAGUCGCGAAAUCGAUUUAAUUUUCCGUCAAAACUCAACGACGUGCCAGAAAAAUCAAAACUCCCUUCCAAUCGGAUCAAACAUACCAGAAAACAAAACCAUUUCGAUCAAAAGCCCUAAAUUAACUUAAGGGGGUGCGGAACAAAAGAGCACGUUGACGCCAUCGAUCGUUUCCACUAGCACUUUCCACGAAGCCAAUAACUUUAGUUCCCAUUCGUAAGCAUUUAAAAAAAGUAAAUAAGUAUUAUUGGAGUACGCAGAUAUAGAGGAAAAGUGAAAGCUUCUAAAAACAUAGGGUAUCGCUAAAUUUAGCAGAAUAUCGCCAUUACAGAGGAGCGAGGCUGCAUCGCGCAUCAUCAUCAUCGCCGUCACGACUAUCAUCAUCUUCUUUUGUGCCAGUUCUUCUCGCAAGCUCGCGCCACCGGUUGAGGGAAGCGCGGGCGCGACUGCGCCCUCUUUAUCUCUCUUUCUAUAUAGCGCGCUCGGUCUCUCGGUCUCUCUCUCUCUCUCUCUCUCUCUCUUUCGCCAAGUUUGCGGGCGAUAUAUCGAGUCGGAAAAUCGUCAGUCAAAGAUCCCGUAUAGACGGGCCGCGAGCAUGUUCGAAAAUAUCACAACGCGGUGAGGUCGAGAGGGCGUAUGUGUGUGUGUGUGUGGGUGUGUGUGUGUGUGCUCAGAGGAAAUUUCAAUCGAAGAUUUUAGUGGUAAAAAGCGUUAUUUCGUCGGCGUUUUAAACACGAGGGAGUAUUGGGGGAGGAGAAGUAAAGAAACGGAAGGUCAAAGGAGGAAUAAUGGGGAUAUUAAUCGAGUGGAAAUGCUGGCCCGAGAGGAAUCAGGCGAAGAGACAUUUGCAUCGGCUCGUCUCGCUUCGAUCACGGAUUAAUCGACGUUAAUUGCACCGCGAUUUACCGACGAGCGGAGCAGGGAACACUCCGAGCUCCGUUUACUCGAACGCCGCAUUUCGUCUUUCGUUGUUGCGCCCCCGUGUCUCCCUUACGAAAAGUUGCGAGAUGGAGCUGCCUCACGAAAAACACGAGGCUGCAGCUUCCGCUGGUGGUCAAACGGUCCAGCGACACCAUCUGGGCGACGGAAUGACCUUGUCGGGACUGCGACGCGCUAUAUCACAAGUCUCCAUGCUGGUGGUUAAGGCCACGACCUCCGGAGAAUCCGCUUGGCGGGAAGAGUGUCUCAAGUAUCGGCAGACGAGAUUCAGCUCGAGACGAGUUCGAAAAAGGGUUGUUUUUAAGCACGGCGAUUGCAACGUAGUUCAGGGCAACGUAGCAAAGAGACGUCGUCGAUAUUUGCAGGACAUUUUCACGACCCUCGUCGACGCCCAGUGGCGCUGGACGUUGCUGGUCUUCUCCAUGAACUUUUUGCUCUCCUGGUUGGGUUUCGCAAUGGUUUGGUGGUUGAUAGUGUACACGCACGGCGAUUUGGAUCCGCGAAACAUCGAGAAUUCGAAUGGUACAUUUGUCCCAUGCGUCGAGGACAUUCACGGCUUCACAAGUUGCUUCCUAUUUUCCGUAGAAACUCAGCACACCAUAGGAUAUGGCUCGAAACACACAACCGAAGAAUGUCCCGAGGCUAUUUUCAUAAUGUGCAUACAAUCGAUGACCGGCGUAAUAUUGCAAGCGUUCAUGGUCGGUAUCGUAUUUGCAAAGUUGUCACGGCCAAAGAAGCGUACGCAGACGUUACUUUUUUCGAGAAAUGCUGUCAUUUGCCAGAGGGACGGUCAGCCCUGCCUGAUGUUCCGUGUCGGUGACAUGAGAAAAAGUCACAUAAUCGAGGCUCACGUGAGAGCCCAAAUGAUCAAGCGAAAGGUGACCAGGGAGGGCGAGCUGCUUCCCUUCUUCCAAACAGAAUUGAAAGUCGGUGGUGACGGGGAGGAGGAUAAAAUAUUUUUCAUCUGGCCCACCACGAUAGUCCAUAAAAUAGACGAACAUUCGCCACUUUAUAAUCUCUCGGCCAGUGACAUGCUGCGGGAGAGAUUCGAAAUAAUCGUUAUGCUCGAAGGAGUCAUAGAGUCGACGGGGAUGACGACGCAAGCUCGAAGCUCUUAUUUACCAUCAGAAAUUCUGUGGGGCCACAGAUUCGAGCACAUCAUAACGUUUCGCAAGGAGACUGGAGAGUACGAAGUGAAUUACACUCUUUUCAACAACACGUACGAGGUCGAUACUCCGUUGUGCUCUGCAGCCCAGUUGAAUCAGAUCAAAGCGAUGCAUCAUGCCAAAGGCGAACGCAUGAGCUCCGCGACAUUCCCAGCUUAUCGAGAAGACUCGAGCAGUUCAUUUACGACGAGUUCCGGUUCGAGUUUGGCGUCGUCGACUGGCGGCCUCCACAUGCACGCACCGACACCGCCCACACCGAUCCCCGUCAUGAUCACUGGCCCUGACGACACGCCGCGCCGGGAAAGCCUCAGCCAAACAUCCUCCGAUCAGAGACUCGCUACUUUUUACACUCAAGAUGAGCAUACACACAUGUCGAAAACUUAUUGUUUUCUUUGGAUAACUUCUUGGGCGAAAUUAACUCUGAAACGUAUGAAUGAGAACGAGGAGUAUCCUGUGAUUCCGAGCUGCACGUUGAGCACGAUCGAGGACCUCAAAAAUCAGGAGGAUUAUAACAGAGCCCUGGACGGUAUAAACGCGAGUUUGAGAAAAAGUCGACAAAACCUCCAGGCGAAGGAAGAUAAAAAGUUGAAUCUCCGCGAGGCUUCGAGACAACAGGCAUUUGAAUCACGACGAAAUGAUUCCAAAACUAAUAUCGAGUCGAUGAGGAGGAUAAACUCGAAACCGGUGAUGGAGUACCCAUCGACGACCGGAGCCAUGAAAAAAUCGGCCUCGCGAACCACGCUCGAUUCCAGACACACGAGGUUCGCUGAUUCACCUGAAAGAACGUACGAAGCUUCCCAACCAUGCGCUUUGCCCAGACGCUCCAGCAUAAACGAUACCGUCAGGGAUAAACCAGAGACUGGGAAAAAAACGAGUUUCGUCAUCGACGAGAUCGAAGGGAAUGAAAACAGUACAAUAUUGGACGUCGACAGAAUCCUCAGGUUAUCGACCCCACCGAGAAUUCCACCGAGACCGGAAGUCCCCGGAGCAGAGCCCCAGAAGAGUAAUCACUGUUCCCAAAGCUCCAGAUCUCAGGAACAAGUUUAGAAUUGUGAUUGGAAGGAUAGACGAAAGCUAGACUGUCCACGAGACGGAAGUCGGAAGGAAUCGGACGCAAAACCUUCAAAUUGAAGCAGGAAAAAAGGAAACGAGGGAAUGAAAAGCGAGGAAAAAAUGGAGCGAAAGGGGACUUGAGUGCAUCGGUGUGGUGAGGAACGCGGUGAUUUCAAUGCAAGUUCGAGAUACUUGGAUGUGGCGACACUGACCCUGGAUUCUGUGACGCAGGAACGAGACUGCCAGCGCCAUCUGCCGACGUUGACUCGAAGCUCAAAAUUUUGAAGCGUUAGAAAUAAGAAAUGAAAAAACAAUAAAUCGCUAUUUCAUCGAAGAUUCGUGCGGUUAUUCGAAAUAGCGAAAAAUCAGUAAAAUUUAUAGUGCGAACAAAGACGUAAAUAAUGAGAAGAAAAUCGCGAGUAACGAGAGUGACGGUGUUCGGAAGGAGCGAUUUCGACGGUGACAGUUGAGACUAAAAAAAGAGCUGCGAAAAAAAA